AUGCCCUCAAAUGCCAACUAUGAAGUAUUCAAAAACUUUGUUUCUGGAGGCUUCGGAGGAGUAUGCUGCGUGGCAACUGGUCAUCCAUUUGAUACCGUCAAAGUAAGACUCCAAACUAUGCCGGUACCGGCACCUGGCGAACAACCACUUUUUAAAGGAGCCAUGGAUUGUGUUGCAAAAACGGUAACCAAAGAAGGGGUCUUAGCUUUAUACAAGGGAAUGGCAGCUCCAAUUGUCGGUGUUGCACCGUUGUUCGCAUUAUUUUUUGGUGGCUGUGAGAUAGGACGAAGAUUACAGUCUUCUAAGCCAGCUGACGAAUUGACAUUUUUACAAAAUUUUAAUGCUGGAGCAUUCGCUGGUAUUCUAACAACCAGUGUUAUGGCACCAGGUGAAAGGAUUAAGUGUGUUCUACAGGUUCAACAGUCAGGACAUAAAGUUCCUGGUGCUCCACACUAUGACGGUCCUAUUGAUGUUGUUAAAAAGUUGUACAAAGAAGGUGGAAUACGAAGUCUGUACAGAGGAACAUUUGCAACAUUGCUAAGAGAUAUUCCCGCUAGCGGUGCGUACCUUUCCACUUAUGAAUACUUGAAAAAAUUAUUUUCUGGCGGUCACACUGACCAGAAGCUCCCAACUGGGGCCAUAUUGGCAGCCGGUGGUUUUGCUGGCAUCGCCAAUUGGUCUGUAUGCAUCCCCGCUGAUGUGCUCAAAUCACGGCUUCAGACUGCUCCAGAGGGGAAGUAUCCUGAUGGCAUUCGAGGAGUAUUUCGAGAGGUUAUACGAGAAGAAGGGCCUAAGGCUCUAUUCAAGGGAUUCACACCUGUGAUGCUUCGUGCGUUUCCUGCAAAUGCAGCAUGUUUCUUUGGGUUGGAACUUGCACUGAGAUUAUUUAAAUUUUUUGAAUAA